AUGAACUACUCUGCAAUAAGUCACACACUGUUGGGAAUAACCUUCUGUCUGCUGUUGUUCGUUUUGGACAUAACCCAAGCCAGACCCUGGUGGAAUGCAGCCGACUAUGAUCCCAGUUUGGAUCCUGUGGCCUGGUCCAAGUCGUUUGUCCAGGAUCAAGUUCGCAGGACACGCUACAAUGUCAUUCCGGAUGUGAUCAGGUCAAGAAGCAAACAUCGCCAUCGUCAGACUGCUCCUCAGAUGUGGUACGAGCAGCCCCAACUGGUUCCAGUUGGCAAAUACUACAAGAGGUUCUCGAGAAGACGACAGAAACUAGCCGCACGUGAGAAAUACUCUCGCUGGAGGCCAUAA